CUAUGUGAAAGGACAAUACCCUUUUGACACAAUGAUGGAUGCUGGUCAGGACGUCCUCUCAUACUGGACUCACUUGACGAAGAUACCUGAAGGCUCCAUACUUGCUUGUAUCGCAGAAAAAAUUUAUUCAAUCAAGCCCUCAUCUGUGCCCGAGGAACGAACAAUGUCGGUAUUCACGAGGAUGAAUACACCAGCCAGGAACCGUCAACAUGUCCGGACGUUGGUGGACAUGACUCAGAUUUGACAAUGGCAUAUGUAUGAUCCAAAGGUCAGUGUCUUAUUCAGUGGCCUGUAUUGAUAACUCAUGCCCCUUAGAAAAUGGUUGAACGACGGCAU